CACUUCCUUAUCUAGUUAGGACCUGAUAACCUGGUAUUCCUCAAGCACCUGAAACUGGCAGCUAUUCUCUUUGUGUCUGUGUGUUUGGGGAGCUCUGUGACCACAGCUUAAGCACCACUCAGCCUUCUAGUCACCUAAGCCUAACUAAAGCCAGCCAGCUCAAGCCUGGUCCAGUCCAGCCCAGUCCAGCCUGCUCCGAUCAUCUGGACAGGAUACUCAGUUCUGUGUGGACGUGAGGAAUAUGACUGCUGAGACUCUUAACUUCGGCCCAGAAUGGCUCCGUGCACUGUCCAGUGGGGGGAGUGUGACGUCCCCCCCUCCUUCCCCCGCCAUGCCAAAGUACAAGUUGGCCGAGUACCGCUACGGCCGAGAGGAGAUGUUAGCACUUUAUAUCAAAGACAACAAGGUCCCAGAGGACAUGCAGGAUAAGGAGUUUGCUGCUAUUCUGCAAGAUGAGCCCAUGCAGCCACUGGCACUGGUGCCUCUCACUGAGGAGGAGCAGAGGAACUUCUCCAUGUCUGUGAACAGUGUGGCGGUGCUGAGGCUCAUGGGAAAAGGGGUGGGCGGGGCUGCCCCAGCUGGAGUGGUCCGAGGACGAGGGACCACGCGAGGUGGUCGAGGACGAGGUCGUGGUGAAGGUGGAUUCUACCAAAGAAGUAUUGAAGAAGCGGAGGUGGGUUUCGGACGCAGCGUCCGAGAGAUACACCGCAGCCAGAGCUGGGAUGACCGGGGUGAGCGUCGAUUUGAGAAACCGCUGCGGCGGGAGGUGGGGCGUCCUGGCUUUGAAGAAACUGUGGGUCCCGUGGUUCCAGGAAGGAAGGAGUACACAAGGGCUGACAGCGAUAACUGGCGCAUCCUCCGGGAGGAGCAGGAGGAGGAGGAGGGGGUGGAGCCGGGCACCAACUGGAGACUUGCUGGAGCCCGCAGGGAUGUAUCCUCACUGAUGGCGGUCAACUCUUUGUCAGAUGGUGGUCCUCGCUCAGCAGGCUGGCGAGAGCAUACUGGUCCAGGGGAGAGUCGUCGGAGGAAGUUUGAUUUCGAUUUCCGGGACUCUGAGGGCCAUGGUGGUGGCCGCCGGCGUGCAGGUAGUGAGGGACAAGAGGAUGACAGGGACGGCCUGCCAGAGUGGUGUACAGACGAGGAGGACGGGGAGAUGGGCACGUUUGACUCCUCUGGAGCUUUCAUGACUAUGAAGAAGGGUGGCAAGGAGACAAUCCUGGAGGACGAGUUUGAGUUUAAGGGGAUAGAGGAGGAAGAAGAAGAAGAGGAGAACUUUGCUGACAUUGAGAGGAACAGUGCUGAAGGAGACAAAGACAAUGGUGAGGAGAGACCCACCACCCCCCAUGUCAAGCCAGCAGCCAUGCCCAGUGAAGUGUCAGACAUGGCUCCGAUAGGGGGCUCCAAGGCCCAGCUGAGCCCUAGCGCCCCCACCUCUUCCAGUCUGCCUCCCCCACCCCCUUCCUCUGUUGCUGCUCUCCACCCUCCACCUGGAGGAGACGCAGAGGAUGACGAGGGAAUGAAGCACCUGCAGCAGGAGGCAGAGAGGAUGGUGGCAUCACUGCAGGACACUUCUUUGGAGGAAGAGUGUUUCACCCAGGCGCUGCAGCAGCAGGAGAGCAGGAACACAGCAGCUGCUCUGCCACUGUCGCAUGAGGCCGCCAUGAAGUGGUUCUACAAGGACCCACAGGGAGAGAUCCAGGGUCCAUUCACCACAGUGGAGAUGUGCGAGUGGUUCCAGGCUGGCUACUUCACCAUGACCCUUCUGGUGAAGCGGGGCUGCGACGAGGGCUUCCAACCCCUUGGCGACGUCAUCAAGAUGUGGGGCCGCGUGCCCUUUGCCCCAGGGCCCUCCCCGCCGCCCCUGCUGGUGAGACAGCCACCACCAACGCAGCGCCCGCAGCCCACCCGAGGGCCCGCCGGGACUGUGAGUCAGAGCUCAGCCAACGUAGAGGAUGGGGAGGGGAGGAUGCAGAGGAGAGGGAAGAUUGAUAGACAGGUUACGGGAAACCUGGACCAGGACCGACUGAAAAAGCAACAGGAGCUGGCAGCAGCAGCUCUUUAUCAGCAGCUCCAACAGCAGCAGCUAUUCCAGCUCAUUAACAGGUGCAGUGAGCAGGGUAUGAUGCCUUCGAUGAACAGGUCGAUGUCAGUGCCAGAUACAGGGUCCAUGUGGGACAUGCAUACCUCAGCUUCACAGCCGUCAGGCAGUGAAGCCAGUCUUUGGGACAUAACAAUGAAUCCUUCUACUCAGGGUCCAACUCUCGAACAGCUUCAAAAGCUCCAGCAGGAGAGGCGAGACGCUGAACUCAGGGCAAAGCGCGAGGAGGAGGAGCAGCGUAAGAGGAGGGAGGAGAAGAGGAGGCAACAGGAGGAGCAAAAGAGGAGGGAUGAGGAGGAGCUCUUCAGACGCAAGCAGUGUCGUCAGCAGCAGGAACUGAUUAUGAAGUUGCUGCAGCAGGCCCCCCAGCAGCAGGGUCCUGGGGCAAGCGGCUCAGGCUGGAGCGGGGCUCCCUCCUCUGGGCUAUCCAAAUCAGGAAAGCCCCCGGCUCUGGCUCUGCUGGAAAUGCAGCAGGAGGCAGAGAGGCUCCUGAAACAGCAGCAGCAACAGAGACAGCAGCAGAGAGACCGCCACUCCGGCAUGUCAAUGGGGAGUUCCUCCAUGGGAGGGCAGUGGGUGGAUGGUGUUGGUAUGUGGGGCGGGCCUGGAGGUAUGGAGGGUAAGGGUGGCAGUGGAAGCUCUUCAGGCAGCAUGGGCAUGUGGGACGAGGCUGUGAAGAACCAAACCGGCCUGCGUGGCAACAGCAACAACAACAUGGGCUUGAAGAACAGCCGCAGCAGCCCUUCACUCAGUGAUCAGUACAUGAUGCGUCGGAAGCGGACGGAAGAGGAGGAGAAGCUGCUGAAGCUGCUGCAGGGCAUGAAGCCUCAGGAUGGCUUCACUACCUGGUGUGAACAGAUGCUGCACGCUCUCAACACCUCUGCCAACAACUCCUCGUCCUCUCUGGAUGUUGCCACAAUUGUGGCAUACCUGAAGGAGGUGGAGUCUCCCUAUGCAGUACUGGACUUCAUCCGGUCCUAUCUAGGGGACACAGUGGAAGCCAAAGAGUUCGCCAAACAGUUUCUGGAGCGACGUGCCAAACAGAAAGCCAACCAACAGAGACAGCAGCAGCAGUUAUCAAAGGAAGUGGCUGGAUUGAACAUGAACUUCCCUCUGCAGGACUCAAUGCGAGGUAUGAAUCCAAGCACCCUGCAGUCCAUGUUUCAAGCUAACCACAUGGGCAAGGCUGGUCUCUAUGACAACCAGGGGGUAAAGAUGAAGAAGAAACAGCCCAUGAUGCUGCACUCUGACCCCAGCAUCUUAGGGUACUCAUUCCACAACACGGGCGAGUGUCUGAGCCUGAAUGAGAUGGAGAUGGUGGAGGAUUACUGAUGUGACGCAGCGCAGCAGCAAUAGCUACCUGAGGCCUUCUGUCUUUUAAUCAGACAAACCUGAUAACGAAUGUGCACUGCUGGGGGUACCGGGGGUGGGGGUGGGGGUGAUAGGAGGGGAGCAAGUGUGAGGGGAGGUGCAGGGUGGAGGCGCCUGGAUCUGCUCCUUCCUUCCCUCUGGCAAGACAAAAAGGGCUCCCUGCUGUACCAGUUGAUCACUUGAGCAGGGGUGAGGAGGGGUGAUGUUAAAAGUAUGUUGGGUAUCCUCUGGCACUCAAAAGAUUAAGCACCUUAUACUGAACUAAUGCACUUUAUUGAGAUGGGAUUUGAAUAGUUUUUUUUCUUUGUGUGUGUGUGUGUGUGUGUGUGUGUGUGUGUGUGUGUUGGGAUUCAGUGCACAUACGGUAUGUGUAUAUACACAUUAUCUGUGUGGCUGGCAUCAGAACUGGAAGGGGUCGGUGAAACAGUCGGUGGGUGAAUGGUUUUCAAAGUCAGGGGGACCUUUAGUUGAAACCUUAUCAGAGAGCAAAUCCUUUCUCAAAAGACAAACACUGUUGAUAUUUCUCUUGUUUAGCAUUUUUUUACGUUUAUAUAAAAAGUAAAGCUAUUGAAAAAUGGAUUAUAAAAAAACUUGAAGAUUUGCACUUGCCUAAAAAAGAAAUAACAAAAACAACAAAAAAAAUCAAACAAAUGGGGUUAGUUAUAGAAGUAAAUAUUUUUGUGAAUGUGUAGGGAUGACUGUAAGAGUGACUGAUGUGUGAUGGUUGGUUUGUGUCAGUAAUAUACCAGUCUGCACAAUGUCUUUUUUUUUUUUUUUUUUCAUUCUUUUGUUGCUUACCAAGAUGUAUGAAACAUAAGAGGCCAUUUUUGUCUUUUUUGUUCAAAUGGUAAUUUUGUAUUCUCAUGUUUGGAGAGUGAGUAUGUGUGUUUGUGUGUGUGUCCCUUCUCCAAACAGGGACUUGAUCUGUAUGUUUUGAGAGAGAUGAAAGAAUGAAUGAAACAGAGAGAGAGAGGGCAAUUGCACAACACAUCCUUUCUCUCACCAGCUCUUCAUCCCAGAUAGACGAAAUAGAAAUGCAUACAUUUGUAAAUGUUAGCUUUGCGCUCAUCAUGAGAUGACCACCACUAGUUUAUUCCCCUUAGCCUCUCCCCAUGGGGAGCUGUCGCUUGACCUGUGAGGACUAGCAGGCAGGGUGAAUCAUGAGGGACAUUACUGUGUGCGCAUCAGAAUGAGACUUUGUGUGUGUGUGUGUGUGUGUGUGUGUGUGUUUUCAGAGUGCAUGUUCAUUUACUGUUCAUAGAAAUGAGUUAAGACUACAGGUACUCAUUUUGAAUACAUGUGCUUUUUUUGUAUGUGUAUGAAUGCACAUUUGUGCCUAAGAACUUGGAUAGGGUGCGUGGCCAUUGAGACAUUAACUCUUUUUUGAGAGCGAGUGUGAUGUGCGUCAGUGCUCAGCACAGUGUAUGUAAAGUAUGUAAGUUUAUAUCGUAAAUAUUUCUAGUUCAGUCUAGGGGUGAUCCAUCGGAAGGUUAGUCCGGUCUGUUUUUCCUGGGAUGUGAUCACGUUGCCUUUUGUCAGCUCUCGAACUUGUGAAUGAAAGGUGUCGAGUUUCUGACUCUGGAAAAAAAAAAAGCAUCUUAAUGUGCAAGUGCACAGAACGGUGCAUGAAAUGUUAGCAUAUUGUGUUACUUAUUCGUUGUUGCAAUUUGAUAAUGACGAGUUUUCUUUUUUUUAAUGAAAAAUAUAUAUGAAUAUAUACAUUAUAUACAAAGUUUAAAAAGUAUUUGGACUAAGAUAAUGAGCACUUGGGGCUGCUAUUUUUGUUGUGUGUUUUAAUUUUUUUUUUUCCCUUAAUUUUUUUUUUCAUCUUGUUUCAUUAUCGCCAUGUGAAGUGUGUGUGUGUAUUAUUUCUUAAGAAAAUAUUGAAUGUAUUCCAAAAAAAUGACAAGAAACCCGUGCUGAUACCAGAUUUUUUUUUUUUUUUUUUUACUUCUCCUCAGAAGAUUUCAAAAAUGGAAACAAAAUACAAAAAAGCUUCAAAGAGUUUAGCGAGAACUUUUUUUUUUUUUUCUAUUUACACAAUGGAGAGAAAAAAAACGGGAUGGAUACAGUUGAACACACUGCCUCUACAAUCCUGGUCGUACAAAUAGUGACUAAGAAUUAAAAAGAAAGGACUCUUUCUAUUCCAUACUGGAGCUUUGGUUGUUUACAAACCACAUGGAUAUCUGUGGGUGCAGUUUUUUUGUUGGUUUUAAUUUUGUUCUUUUUGUUCCCACAUAAGACGGGUGGGGUUUGCAAGUGCGCUUCUGCCAUAUGGACAUUGAGUGGUGUUGGGGUUUUUUUUAAGGAAGAGUGGCAGGUAUCACAAGAACAUGAACAAGAUCCUCUAACCGGACCUUUGUGUGUGUGUGUGUGGUCGUGGAUUCUGAGACUUAAUCAACCACGGAGCGGAGGUGGGAAAAUCAAGGAUGGGCUCUGUUUUGUGGAGAACAGAGUGCAUAACCCUAGAGGGAACUGAGAGGGCGAAAUAGUACACCUGGUUAGUGCACCUGUCUUCACCUCAACCCCUCAUAAGCACUCACACCCUGCCCCUCACCAACUCACCUAUGCACUUUUGUUCAUUCAAGCUGUGAGGUACCAUUUUGGGGAUGGGAGCACAAUUACAACAGGAGGAUUGCUACGACUUUGACAAAGUCACUGAAAAGAUAUUCCCAAACUGAAAAUAAGAGACUCGAGGAGCACGUCUUCUCCCACCUCCUGUGUAUAUAACCAUAUUUUUGUAUUAUCUUUCAGAGUAGAAAGGAAAAAAUUGCAAAUGGAUGAAGGAAAAUUCAUGAGACGUUGAUAAUAUGGAGGGAAAAUGUUCUUCAAGAAAACCAAUCUUUUGAAUAUAGUUUGCGAUUGACUCGCUGUGAGUUUCCCUUAUUUUGCCAGUAACCCUGAAAUAAUCGGGGAUGGAAGAGAAAAAAACAACAAAAAAAAAACAAAACCAUGGACUGAGGUGUUGGACAUGCUGCAGUGGCUCCAAGACUGACUGAUAGUUACUUAUCAAAAUGGAUGCUGCAGUCGCUACAAAGAGCCCACGCCAAGAGUGUUUGAUCAACAUGCACAGUAAAGAGGCAGCCAUGGGUUUGAAGAGCUGCUGGCGAGGAUGCUUCUACUUUGUGCCCCAACCCGAUGACUGCCUUGAGAGCUGUAGAGUGACUGAAGGAAGAAAAAUCUUCGGCAAUGGAGUCUGGCUGUGCUUUAUUUGCUGCCCUCCGCAUGGAGGAUCUAAUCUACAAGCCAACCCAUGAACCAGUUAUCCCUAAACCUGUCCCUUUUUUUGAACUUAAAUCCUAAGAAACUUUUCAGUCUUGAUCUAGGACUGGGAACGCCAUUGGCAUUAUCAGUUACCGGAUGAAGUUGCAGGUUUAUCGACCAUGGAGCCCAUCUGUGUUGUAAGCGUAAGGUUUGGGAUUUGAUCGGACGCUCUCCGGCGAGCGAGAUAAAAAGAGGCACGUAUUGCCCAGAUGUCAUCGCCCACCUCGGCCUGAAACACUCAGGUGGUUGCGUGGAGGUCUUCUAACCAGCGGGACAGAAGACCUGCCCAGACGUCAGAGACAGAGAGCUGUGUUGGGUUUCGAUGGACGUGGCUGGAUUACACCUUAGUCACCAGAAAUCCCUGCCGAUGUGGAACUGGAUGAACUGAAAUAAUUGUACAAAACAAAGACUUUUGAAACAUCGACAAAACACGAAUACGUAGCUACACGUCACAUAGAUUCUAGAGUUGCAGACACACUACAUGCACACCUACAGCAAAAGCAACAGACAGUUACAGUGGCUUUCCUCUGGAACCACGUCUUGACACAUAACGGGGCUACAUACAAUAUCAAAUCAUACACAUUACAGACACACACACACACACACAAGCAUCAUCGCUCACCAAUAUAAACGCUGAGCUUUGUAAAUGUAAAAGUUUGUGUUUUGAUUUUUCUCUCAUAGUGGUUUUGAUUUAUUUCUCUGUUCAACAUGCCUUAAAUUGUAUAGUUCGGUCCUGAACGGCUGACUGAAAAUGUUUAAGUUGGAAACCACCUCCUCAACUGUCCUCUAAAGUCAAAGAAAGAAAUUAGCUUUCUACAAGACUGUUUACUGUUGGCAGUCUGUUCUGUAUUAACUUGAUACGUGUACAUCUGAUCACCAUGAACGUUACUAUUUCGCUACAGAAUAGAGCAGUGAGCAGUCUUUGAUUAAUCAGAUUUUGCUGGUGGUUAGCUUUUGUUGCCCUUUUGGUUUCCUUAAAAUGAAGAGUGGAUGUGUUCAGAUUUCCUGUUUAGAUUAUUGCUGAAGGUGCAGGCUUAAAGGGCUGAAGUCUGUACGGUCUGGAGCUGAGCUGACAGGGUGGGACGCACAGAAUUGGCUUAAAGCACAGACUUGUUGCUGUGUGCUAACUAUUGUUGGAUAUACUGCUCUAGGCAAAACUGAACCAGAGUGGCGGGUCCUCCACA